AAAUAUGAUAUUCAAUAAUAUAUAUCAGGGAUGGAGUGAAUGGUUUGUACCCUGUGUUGUACACGCGAUGAGCUACACGCCUCUGUCCAGGAUCAGCGUUUGGUAAAUUAAUGGACGGAUUGAUGCUUUGGACUUUUAAAAGUAUGCCUGCGCCUUUAAGGGAAUAGACCUGGCCAAUGCGCAUGCUCCGGGUUAAAUGUCGUCCAGCGGUAUCUGGGUCUCAGAUGGUUUGGUUCGGCUUCGGCUUUAAUGCCUUUGGACAGAUUUGUGAAGCGGCGAAAUGCGAGGGGAAAGAGGGAACGGGACAAGACGCCGAAGUCAAAGUUAUAGUUCCUGUGAAGAUCGGCUGCUGCGAUUCGGAUCGGCAGCCUAAGCGCGAAAGUGAGCCUGCGGCUGUGAACACGGGACAGACACUUGUCCUGAUCAGAGCCAGCUGGAGCCGAAGAGCUACCCUGCACUUUGGAGAUGCCGGCCAUGCCUGUCUGUCCGGCUUCGGGGCCCCUGAGCACACUGCGCCUCACAGCGUGUCGCAGAGCCGCGGCUGUCUGGAUGCGCAGGUCUCCGAGAGAUACUUGACCUUAAGCUUCGCCGACCGGGUGGAGUGUUGGGCGCUGGAGGAAGUGACUGGCGCGCCUGUCUGGAAGAUGGACCGUGGUCCUGCCGAUGAGGCUGGGCUCCCAUCUGCCCUGCCUUUGGUUCCAGGAGGAUAUGUUGGGACAGCACCCCCGUUUUUUCGUCCUUUGUCUCCACAGCUGAAUGUCACCAGCCUGGCUUUGGGGCAGCAGCAUGCUGUCUUACUGAGUGCCUCAGGGGGGGUCUUUACCUGGGGAUCAGGCAGUCAUGGUCAGCUGGGGCACGGCGAGCUGGUUGGGGAGACGGAGCCACGGGUGUUGGAGGCACUGUGGGGUGUGGCUAUGGCGGGGGUGGCAGCAGGGAACUGGCACUCCGUGUGCAUCAGCAGUGGGGGCGAUGUGUACACCUGGGGCUGGAACGAGAGCGGUCAGCUGGGGAUGCCGGCCAGAGCGCUGAACGAGGCGAGGCGGCUCACAGGCCAGGAUGCUGCAACUCACUUGCAGUCAGAUGGAGAAGAGGACAGCAGAGGGGUGUUCAUUUCCAUCCAGGCCUUUCCUGCCCUCGUUGACAUCCCUGAGGACUCCGAGGUCACCAAGGUUAGCUGUGGGUCACGUCACACAGCAGCCGUCACAAAAACUGGUGAUUUGUUUACAUGGGGUUGGGGUGAUUAUGGUCAGCUUGGACAUGGUACCCCCCACAGUUCAGACCAGCCAAUGCAGGUUGACUACUUCUCCAAUCAGGGACUGUGUGUUUUGGAUGUGGUGUGUGGGCCUUGGAACACGUUUGUGUGUGCAGUUGAAAGGGAGCCCUCACUCAGCUGAUGACAAGGCAUUGAGUCUCCCUGCAAAGAUUACAAAUGACAAAUCAGCUCUGUGAGGUGAUUCCAGCUCCAUUUAUUUACACAAGCUUUUGCUCUACACAGUCAGCUGUGCUUGAAACAGUCCAGCCUGACAUGGGCUAAACCAGUGACUAUCAGUCAGUCUUGUAGAAGAAAAAAUGCUGAAAGGUAAUUUAUAUGUUAAAUAGGUUCCAAAUAUCGGUCUGUGUGAAUUGGAUUAGGGAAGCAGUAUUAUGUCUGAACUAAAUAUUGUGGCUUUCAUUUUUGUAGAUAAUAAAGUUUCAUGAGACUGAAA